AUGUCGGAAACGAACGGUCCACUAUCAAACGGCAAGGUUCCUUCUACGGAAGGGCGUGAUCCAGCUUAUUUUUCAUAUUAUGCCAUGUUACAGCAUCAGCAAAAUAUGCUCCAAGAUUCUGUACGUACCUCCACUUAUCGUUCAGCCAUUCUUCUUAAUGGGCCGAUGUGCUUUCUCGGCAAACUGGUUCUAGACGUUGGUGCCGGUUCGGGAAUAUUAUCAUACUUUGCGGUUCAGGCAGGUGCAGAGAAAGUGUAUGCUGUCGAGGCUUCACAAAUGGCCGAGAAGAUGCGUAAACUUGUCAAGGCCGCAAAUACUACCGAGUCAGACGGUACCGUCAGGAAUGCUUUUCUAAAGAAUAAGAUCGAAGUCAUCCAAGCCAAAAUCGAGGAUCCAGGUCUUCCUAUUCCACAAGUGGACACCAUCGUUUCUGAACCGAUUGGAGUCCUUCUAAUUCAUGAGAGAAUGCUUGAAAGUUAUCUUUUCGCUCGAGACACUUACUUAAAGCCCGGAGGUACACUUUUUCCCUCAACGGGAUCCAUAUAUCUUGCUCCUUUCACGGAUGCCACUUUAUGGAGCGAAACGAAGGGAAAAGCGCGAUUCUGGGAACAAAAUUCAUUUUACGGAGUAGACCUUUCGGCAUUAUAUGGCGAUGCUAAGGAUGAAAUGUUUGGUAUGCCUGUGGUCGGAAACUUUGACCCACAUACUCUAAUUGCGCCCGCGGAUCCUUUAGGACAUGUUGUAGACUUUUAUAGCGUAACGUUGGAAGACCUUCAAGAUAUGACUAUACCUUUUAGUUGGCGAGCAUCCUACACUGGGAUUAUACAUGGAAUAGCUGGUUGGUUUGACCUGCACUUCUCACCACCACCAACUGUUCUCAAUGGAAGCACAAUCACAAUGUCUACCAGCCCCGCAGCAGAGCGCACUCAUUGGCAACAAGUUAGAUUUUUACUGAAAGAUCCCUUGGCAGUAAAUGCUGGGCAAACGAUUCAGGGACAGAUGAGAUGCAUAGUGAAUGAGAUGAGGUCAUAUACAAUAGAAGCUGAAAUAAUGACCAGCGACGGUCAACCUGAUCCCAUGAACACGUCACCUUCAUUAUUUAGUUCGGACUUUAAUCGUCGGAGAGGAAAAUGGAGAUUGCACGAACAAACCUAUAAUUAUAAUUAUUAUCCUCAACCUGAUAACAUAUUCAGGCCAGAAUAUAAUUGUCUAUAUGAACCUGAACAACCUCUAGAUGUUACAGUAGUUGUGGAAGAUAAUUUCGUUGACGAAAAUCAGUUUAUUAUUUAA